CGGGGCGGCGGCCCCGGAAGCGGCGUGCGGCGGGGCGCCAUGGCCGGCGGGGCCAUGGCGGGCGGCGGGGAUUCGCUUCGCGCUCUGCUCCGCGCCGCCAACGCGCUCCUGCAGCAGCGCCGCUACCACGCCGCGCUCGCCGUCAUCAAGGGCUUCCGCAACGGCGCCGUCUAUGGAGCCAAAAUCCGUGCCCCGCAUGCCCUGGUGAUGACUUUCCUGUUCAAGAGUGGAAGUUUAAGGGAGAAGCUGAAGUCCAUUGCCCAGGCCACGUACGCCCACUCCCGGAACCUGGCUUACUUUGUGUUCACCUACAAGGGGCUCCUGGCAGCACAGGCCCGGCUGCAGGGCAAGAAAAUCCCAUUCCAUUCCUUCCUUGCAGCCUGCAUUGGGGGCUGGCUGGUGUUUGGUGACAACAACCCCAUCAACAGCCAGAUCAUCAUGUACCUGCUGUCCCGGAUCCUGUUCGGCCUGUCCCGCCUGGCUGUGGAAAAGGGCUACAUCCCACAGCCCAGGCAGGAUCCCUUCCCUCUGCUGGCUGCCCUGGUCUGGGGGACAGUCCUGUGGCUCUUUGAAUACCACAGGGACACUCUGCAGCCCUCCCUGCAGUCCUCCAUGACCUACCUGUACGAGGACAGUGAGGUGUGGCACGACGUGUCUGACUUCCUCAUUUACAACAAAAGGACUGACAGCAAGUAGGUGCUUCCCUCUAAAACACCUUGGAAUGGGAUGGGGACUCCCAGCAGCUGGGGAAAAGGUUAUUCUGUUGCUCUUGACCUGUGAUUUUUUUUUAAAUGAUCAUCUAUCAAGCAGAGUUGGCUCUUGUCUCCAGGCCAGAAUGUUCUGGGCAGUCUUUUGGCUCCUUUUGGAGCAAGCACACGCCCCACAGAAACUUGUUGCAGUCUGUUUUUAAGAGGCCUUAAUUCCCCUACAAGUGUGGCAUUGGGGUUUGUUCUUUAAAAACUAAAUAUAUUUAUAAAACGACAGCCUGACACUAAGUGCAGAGUAUGAAAACACGUUCUAAGGCUCAUCUGAAUGUUUACAAAUGAUUUUUUGUGGUGCUGUGCUCACUGUGGUGUGAUGGAGGGUGAAGGGAGUGGGGGACCUGCUGAGCUCUGAGAGCAGGGCCAUCAGUUCUUCAUUGCUGUGGAUGGCUGGGAAUCCUGUUUAAACUAAUAUAAGGACAGUUAUGUGCUCCUUGAGAGAGUUCCUCUGCAGUUUUCCCUCAGGGAGACAAUAAAAUGUGUGAGAGCAGAACUGUUAGGAUUGUCUUGUACCAGCCUGGAAAGACUGUUUCUGCUUGGUUUCUUUCCUGCACUUGGGCUGAAUCUGUGCCUCUGCAAAGUGCACUAAUGAAUACCCUGCAAUUACUUUAAACUUAUUUGUAAAGCUUUUAAAAGCUGCUUGAACUAAAUACCAAAAACAGUUAACACAACUUGGGCUCCUCUAUGACCAGGCCUCAGAUCUCAUGCUGGGGAUUUUGUGUUUCUAAGGGAGCAACAUUUCCCAAGCACUUUUCUUUUGGUGGAGCAUGACAAGGGUUUCUCUGAGGUCCAGGAUCUGCCCUCCACAGCAGUGGAAAGUGUUGGCUGUAGCCAGAUUUGAAUCUGAUUUUGUACCUGUAGUUUGUGCAGGCUUAAUUUAAUGCAUUAAUUUAUUAACUUUCUUCCUCUCAAAAACAUUCUGCAGAGCCCCAGGACAGGGCAGCACACCCUGGGCUAUGGCAGAAGAUUGAGUAGAUAGCUGAGAAAGCACAAAAACGGGUUUAAUUAAUCAAUUAAUAAAUUCCAGCUCCUCAUAGUGCAAAGCACUCACCUGCCAUGUAACACUACACAGUUCACCCAAUGAUGUGCAUUGAAAUAAUUCCUGCCACACUGGUUUGAUGUGGUGAUAUUUCCAAGAGAAUCAUUCAAUUCCCUGCUCCCUUUUGGCUCAGCUGGGACUGUUUGGUUCACUUGCCCUGUAUCCACCUGCUUUCCCUGACCUGCCCAUGGCAUUUCAUAAUCCUGCUGAUGCUUCCUUCAUCAUCUUUGGAACUCUUUACCCUCCAGGCUCUGGCAAUUUCUCCAAUGGUACAGCUGAAAUGGUACAUUUAACUUCAGGGAGCUUCUGAGUAGAAAAAAAAAUUCUCAAUUUCAUCUUAAGUUUUCCUUGUCCUCCUAAACUCCUUUAUUACUGUUGCACAUAUUCAGAGUCCUCCUUGCUCUUUAUUUUUCCACUUCGCUUUGUCCAUGCAAAUCCAUGAUGUACAUGGUGCCCAAAAAUCAUGUCUUUGUCAUAAUAACUCUCUAUGAUCCCUUCAACUGCUAACUUCUAAUUAACUGCUGUUACAAUCUGCACUGAAUAAUUGAAUUGGAAACCAUCAGACCCCAUGAAAGCUGUAAAAUCAGGAAUUUGGUUUGUUUAUUUUGGUUAAAUAUUUUUCUCUGUAUAGAGAGCUAUAAAGAUGCAGUACAGAAAAAUUGCUGAAGCUACAGGUGAGGUCUCAUUCCUUUAUAAAUAUCUUUCUUUCCACCAUUGCUGGGUAUUUGAAGCAUCACAAUUUUUCUGUCAGAUGCCUCAGUAUUGUUCCAUCUAAGACCAUUGGUAUUCUGCUAAAAUUGCUGAAUUCCUGCAAGCUUUGAUGGGAUUUCAGAAAGCUGACAGCUCUGGCUUGGGAAUUGCUCCCUAAAACUAUUAAACUCACAAAUCCUUGACCAUGUGUAAUUAUUGCAGCAAAAGAAGCUGUGGGCUGGUUGUGUGGGCUGGGUGUCUCUGAGAAGGCUUUGAUCUGUUAAAUUUGCAGCUUGUGGUUCCCUUAGAGGUGGAAUAACCUUCUCUGCUGGGCAUUGUACCACUGUGGCUGCUGCUGAAGCAGAGAAGGAAGGACCAGUGGCCUUCCUGACCUUUUCACACUGCUCUCUGUCCUCUCCAGAAAAUAAACCCCAGCCAAAAGCCAGUGUCUGCAGUCAGCCUGGCAGCAGUGCCCAUGGUUCAAAGCACCCUUUUUCUCUUGGGAAUCUCUCCCUUUCCGAGGAAGGCUGAGCCUGCAGCCAUCUGCAGGGGGCAGCUGCCAUCCCUGGGUCCCAGCUCCUCCCUGGAGCUCAGCCCUGGGGCUCUGCUGGCCGUUGCUUUUCCUGCUGGGCUGGGGCAGGACGUUAAGCUGCAAGUCACUGCUUUCCCCAGGGAAGUAACUGGGACAGCUCCUUAAUGACAUCAGCCCCCAAGGCCGUUCUGGGAGCAGAUAGCUGGGGAUGAGCCCCUUCUGCUGCCAAGGUGUUGGAACAAUGCAGGCGUGUAGUGGGGAACUGAACUAGAAGUAAUUUGUCUGAGUCAGACUUUUGGGAUAUGUAAGUGACACUCCCUGCCCUCCCCCAGGCCAUUGUGUGGGGAAUGGAGUGCCCUGUUUGGGUUCCCUUUUUAUUAGCAUUAAAAGCAAAAGAAAUAAAAAGAGACAGUUGGGAAGCCACCUGCGUAUGGCCAAGUACUCAAGGAUCACAAAGAAGGGUCAUUUUCUCCCCCAGCCCGACUGGUUUUGAAUUUUAAGAUGAGCAUGGGGUUGUUUGUCUACAGCAACUUUAUUUUACCCCUUGUUGUUUUUCCCUUGACACCUGACUGAUGCUGAGUGUCUCUAAAGAGGAGCAGAGUGUCUCUAUCUGAGUUUGUCAAAAAAAGAGGAACACUGGAUAAAAUUGAUGUGUUUAAAAUGAUGCCUCUCCCUCAGAUUUUAAGCCUCUCUUAGAGGCAGUUUUAAAGGUUAAUGAAUCAAACUGAUCAAAAGUUUUCAGCCAUCCUAAGCUUUUCAAGCAGCCUGACUAUCCUGAGCUAUUAAUCAUUUAUUUUAUGAAGGAACAAAGCAGGCUCAGGGUUAUUUACUGCUGCUGCCUGCUGCCCUGGCAUACCCACUGUGCUUCCCUUCCCUUUGGAGGACAGCUUGUGUGCUGGGCUGGCUCUGGGGAUGGCUGGAGAACCCUUUCCGGGACAAUUGCAUUAUUUAACAAAGGUGAAAAUGAGACAGCUGCCUGACAUUUGGGUUGGGGAAGGUUUUCUGGGCUGUGUUUGAUGCUGGCAGUGAAGGAGAGCAGAAUCUGUCUUUGGCCAUUCAGUGCUGCAGAGGAGGGCUCGAGGGGCUGGGGCUGCUGGGAGCUGUGAGCCUGUGUCUGUAAUGGCACAGUGCAUUUGUCCUGGCCACCAUCCCUGUGUCUGGGCAAUAACCAGAGAACUGGCCCUGUUCAGGGCAUGUAUCAGAGAAUUCUGGGAUGGGACCUUAAAACCCAUCCCACCCCUGCCAUGGCAGGGACACCUUCCACUGUCUGUCCCAGGGUGCUCCCAGCCCCGUCCAGCCUGGCCUUGGGCACUUCCAGGGAUCCAGGAGCAGCCACAGCUGCUCUGGGCACCCUGUGCCAGGGUGGAGAGGGUGCAGAGAAGCUUUGCUGUUGGUGCUGUGAGGCUUUCUGCCCUGCUACAGUAGGUCAAGCUCUGCUUUACACCCAGCUGGGUGUGGGUGGAAGGGCAGAGAUGAUCCCCCAAAGCAGAGCCCCCCUGUGCAGAGUGAGCUGUGCAGCCAGCUGGGAGCUGCCAUGGCUGGAGCCACCAGAAGCCUGUGCAGAUCCCUCCCCAGGAGAAGCUGCUGGGACUGCAGCUCGUUUUCCCUGCAUCAGCACAGAGGUGACCUUUGGAUAGUCCCCGAGCCGUGUGCUGCUCCCUGUUUGUCAGGCUGUGUUUGUCUCCCUGGCUCACGCCAGCCUGAAGCUGAAUGUGUUUUCUGAUGCUGCUUUUGAAACCCACCAGAUAAGGGAGGAGGGAAAAUAAGGCGUCACGUCUGUCUGCCACUGUUAAUAUUUUUGGGGUGUUAAUCUUGAGUUUUCAACCUGUGUGUUCCUACCAGAUUGGUGGGGGAGGUAACUUUUUUAUUUACUUAGAAGAAUCUUCAUGUCUCUGGUGGUGAGGAGGGAGAAAAACAAACUAAAAGCUCUAUAAUACAGGUAUUAUUGCCUCUGCUUUUGAGAUAUAUUUUGUAUUCAUAAUUGCUGUGUAAUCCAGGCCCUGGUUUUCUGAAAGCAUAGAAUAAACUAAAAUAAACUCAGGAAACUUAUGUGACACUGAUCAGAAUGCUUGUAGAAAUAUCUCGGAUUUUGGGUUUAAAACAAUAAAAGGAGAGGGAAGGGGGUUGCUGACAUGGCUCUGUCCACUAUGAAUCACUUUCUUGUGGCCAUUAUUUCUGUAUAAUCACUCUUUGAAUAUUACAAUACUGUGCUUUGUCUACAAAUAAAAAUCCUAAUUUUUUGUC